GUGCAGUUUGAUAGAGAAAGCAGUGUGUGGAAUGGAAUGUUACCAGAAAAAGUGAGUGACGCUGACACUGAGACAGGGAGGAAGGUUUUGCAUGGCGUUGACUCCUUCACAGCAAGGCUAUUGGUUGUUAACACGGUAACGUUAAUAUGUGUAUGGAGAAUACAUAUCGUAACAUAAAGUCAUAAAGAAGAAACAAUACAGGACAGACUUACUCUUACUAUUUACGAGAUACUCGGAGUGGAAUAGUCGUGCUGCUUUCUUUCCACGAGCGUCCCCUGUCCAGGCUGAGAAUGAUAUGAGCCCUGUACAGAAGACAAGCCCCUUCUUACCGUUCCACGAGUACUCUGCUGUGGGGCUAUUGAACUGCCGGGAUACGUACUGUGAUGAUGAAAUGAAAUGAGGCUCAGAAGUGGAACUGUGGCCACAGCGUUAAUCUUCAUAACCUCUUUUAUGAGCCUGUCCUGGUAUACAACAUGGCAAAACGGAAAAGAAAAGCUUAUCGCCUAUCAGCGAGAGUUCCAUGCCUUAAAAGAGCGCCUCCGUGUGGCGGAACAUCGCACCCUGCAGCGCUCGUCUGAGCUCAAUUCUAUCCUGGAGCAGUUUAGACGGGCCAUUGCAGAAACCAACAGGAGCAAAGAUGCACUUGGACAUUUUUCAGAUGAAACUGGGAAGCUAUUGAAGGAACUGGAACACAGAAAACCACUGCAGGUGCCAAAUAUCUACUACCACUUGCCUCACUUAUUGAACAAUGAAGGAAGCCUUCAGCCUGCUGUGCAGGUUGGUCUCGGCAGAACAAAAGUGUCUAUUGUAAUGGGAAUACCAACAGUGAAGAGGAAAGUCAAGUCGUAUCUCGCAGAGACCCUUCAUUCGUUAAUAAACAAGCUAUCUCCUGAAGAGAAAUUGGAUUGUGCUAUUAUAGUCUUUGUAGGAGAGACAGAUAUUGAUUAUGUGCAUAGCGUUGUGGAGAGCCUGGAAAAAGAGUUUUCUACAGAAAUCAAUUCAGGCCUUUUGGAAGUGAUAUCUCCCCCUGCUAGUUACUAUCCUGACUUGACAAACUUGAAGGAGACCUUUGGUGACACAAAGGAAAGAGUCAAGUGGCGAACAAAACAGAAUUUGGAUUACAGUUUCCUUAUGAUGUACGCUCUAAAUAAGGGUACUUAUUAUGUCCAGCUUGAAGAUGACAUUGUUGUGAAACCAAACUACUUCACCACCAUGAAAAACUUUGCUCUUCAGCUGUCCUCGGAAGACUGGAUGAUUUUAGAGUUCUCACAGCUAGGAUUUAUUGGGAAGAUGUUUCGGGCUCCUGACUUGAACCUGAUUGUGGAGUUCAUAUUAAUGUUCUGUAAGGAGAAGCCCAUUGAUUGGCUGCUUGAUCAUAUCCUCUGGGUAAAAGUCUGCAAUCCAGAGAAGGAUGCGAAACAUUGCGAGCGACAGAAGUCCAGUCUGCGAGUUCGAUUCAGGCCUUCGCUGUUCCAGCACGUGGGGCUGCAUUCCUCUCUGGCUGGGAAGAUCCAAAAGCUCACUGACAAAGAUUUUCUGAAGCCGUUGCUUCAUAAGAUCCAUGUGAACCCACCAGCUGAGGUUUCAACCUCCCUCAAAAUGUACCAGGGACACACCUUGGAGAAAACCUACUUGGGUGAAGACUUCUUUUGGGCCAUCACUCCUACCGCUGGGGACUACAUCCUCUUAAAAUUCGACAAGCCAGUCAAUAUUGAAAGAUACCUAUUUCGUAGUGGUAACCCUGAACAUCCAGGAGACAAAUUACAGAAUACUACUGUUGAGGUUCUGCCUUUUUCGGAAACUGGAUUGAAAACCAAAGAUAAAUAUAAACGCACAGAUGAUGGCUUUUACAUAAUAGGAAAAUUUGAAAAUGGAGUGUCAGAGUCUGCAGUUGAUCCCAUCUUCAAUCCCAUUUCUGCACUGCGGCUUUCAGUCCUGCAGGACUCUGCAGUGUGGGCGAUACUCAGCGAGAUGCACGUUAAAAAAGCUCCAAGAUAGCCAGCAAUAGCAGAGAGAGCGUGACACCUUGAGAACAGAUGCACACAGGAUCUCAACACAAGGACCGCAGAGCUUGUAGAAAACAUGCCUGAUACUUUGAUUUGGAUGUGUUUGGAUACGUUCCAUGCUUUUCCUUCUACCUCUUGUGAAUACUACUGUAGAAAAUUAUUUAAAGUAGGCCCUGUUAGACAAGGAAAUAUUCCUUGAGUGCUUCAAAAAGCCCUAAAACAAACAAGAUCAAUACCAAGAAAUAUGAAUGGGACCCCUACAAUCCAUUUCAAGUAAUAAUGUAGAAAAGUGAGAGUUGUACAUUUUGUAAUUUGUAGAACGAUUGCAUUUUGUUUGCCAGUAUCUGUGUUGAAGCAGUAUUCCUAUUUAGAUUUAUAUUUUGUUUCUGUUAUGAAAAGUGAUGGUGAUUUAAUUUAUUUAGAAAAUUAGGUGCACGUAUAUUUUCUGAUUGGAUUAUUAAUCAGUAGAUGUUUGUUUGUAAAUACAUCUACAUUUGCUAUUUUAAUUAUUUCUUGUUGACUGAAACUCUGUACGUAUUAUUUCUCAAAUACCUUUUGAUGUAUGUACUUGUUCAUUUUGUAUAGUGUUUUUCAGUCUUUAAGAAGGCAUAUUUGAAAACGUGCCUUAAUUGUCGGGGUUCUUAAAUACAUUGAAGUUGCUGGCACAAAGUCAAAGACUUGUAAUUAAUAUACAUCUGCUUUGUUUGUCAAAACUGCAAGAAUAUUUGAUUUCAGCACAGUUGUGCUUGUAAUUUUUCAAAUUACAUAUAUUGCACUUGACUGUCCAAGUCAGAAAAACUGCUUGUUUGAUAAUGCCUGUUGCAUAGAAUAUUAGUAAUGUGUUUAUUCUUUUUCUUAAAAAAAAAAACCCAAACUUUUCAUUCUGUUUAAAGACCGGUCAUACAAUACUCCAUACUACUAGUCAUUCUUAUAAAUGAUAAAUGUCUAUUUGUGGCAUUAAUACUUUCUACACUCCGUGGGAACAAUUUGUUCCAAUGAGAUUCGGUUAUGCACACUUUUUCCCCAAAUACACUUUUUUUAUUGUCGUUCUCUAUUUCAAACCCUGGGAACAGUUUUUUAUGCUGCCCUUCAAAAUGUGUUCCUUUUUAUUUUGUCCAGAUGAAUAUAAAACAAUAGAAACAGUCUUGGGGUAAAUACCAGUUUACCUUAACUUCAAACUCUUAACCCACGCUGUCUGCUUUUAUAGUAAGGGUUACCAAAAAAGUGAAAUCCAUCUGAUAUUCUGGAAUUAUUUGUAAAACUAAAUUUACAGCUAUACUUUACAUACAUUUUUUUAAUAUAUUUUUUUGUUUACAUUUUACAUAAAUCAUGGUUUCAUGAAGAAUUGUUCACCGUACUAAUAUAUUGUGGUUUUGUAGGCAGAGAUUAUUUAUUUUAACAAUUGCUGCUACAAUGAAACCUUUAUGGGUCAUGUGCCUUUCAUCUAUAUGUUUCAUGUAUGUGGCAGAGAUUUAUAUGUGUACUAUUGAAAUAAAAUUGACCUUGAUAUAAAAAGUUAUUGCAAUGCUUGGUAUUUACUGUAUUCCUUCAAAUAUAAGAUGCAGACCAAAUUUCCCUCCCUCAAUUUGAUAAAUAAACAAAAAAAAAGU